GCAGCCUCCCUGUCUUUGUACAGAGACCACAGAGCUGGGUAGCAGCUGAACAGCAGCUAGUGCUGUGACUUUUCCAGCAAGCCCAAUGAAGCGUUUGUAGAGCAGACACUGGUCCUGCCUGCAAGCUUUUUUGCACGGCAGAGGCUUUGAUCAGUGUCAAGUGAAGAUCCCAUUUUAUAUGAGAUCUUGACUUCGAUUUUGGGGUUUUUUUUCUUACAGUAUAUUUUUAUAGACUUUGUUAUAAAAAAAAAUGGUGCUGGGGAAGGUGAAGAGUUUGACAAUAAGCUUUGACUGUCUCAAUGACAGCAACGUCCCCGUCUAUUCUAGCGGGGACACAGUCUCAGGAAGGGUCAGUUUAGAAGUUACUGGGGAAAUUCGAGUGAAAUCUCUUAAAAUUCAUGCAAGAGGACAUGCAAAAGUGCGCUGGACUGAAUCUAGAAAUGCUGGAUCCAACACUGCCUAUACGCAGAAUUACACUGAAGAAGUAGAAUAUUUCAACCAUAAGGACAUCUUAAUUGGGCACGAGAGAGAUGAUGACAAUUCUGAAGAAGGCCUCCACACUAUUCAUUCAGGAAGGCAUGAAUAUGCAUUCAGCUUUGAGCUUCCACAGACACCACUUGCUACCUCAUUUGAAGGCAGACAUGGCAGUGUGCGCUAUUGGGUGAAAGCCGAAUUGCACAGACCUUGGCUUCUACCAGUGAAAUUAAAGAAGGAAUUUACAGUCUUUGAACAUAUAGAUAUCAACACUCCUUCAUUAUUGUCACCCCAAGCAGGCACAAAAGAGAAGACUCUCUGUUGUUGGUUUUGUACCUCAGGCCCAAUAUCCUUAAGUGCCAAAAUUGAAAGGAAGGGCUACACCCCAGGUGAAUCAAUUCAGAUUUUUGCUGAGAUUGAGAACUGCUCUUCCCGUAUGGUUGUGCCAAAGGCAGCCAUUUACCAAACACAGGCAUUCUAUGCCAAAGGGAAAAUGAAGGAAGUGAAGCAGCUUGUUGCCAACCUGCGUGGGGAAUCCCUGUCAUCUGGGAAAACAGAAACCUGGAACGGCAAACUGUUGAAAAUUCCACCCGUUUCUCCCUCAAUCCUUGAUUGCAGUAUAAUCCGUGUGGAAUAUUCAUUAAUGGUAUACGUUGAUAUCCCUGGAGCAAUGGACUUAUUCCUUAAUUUACCACUUGUCAUUGGUACUAUUCCUCUACAUCCUUUUGGCAGCAGAACAUCAAGUGUAAGCAGCCAGUGUAGCAUGAAUAUGAAUUGGCUUGGUCUUACACUGCCUGAAAGACCUGAAGCACCUCCUAGCUAUGCAGAAGUGGUCACAGAGGAGCAAAGACAGUCCAGCCUUGCACCCAUAGCUGCCUGUGACGAUUUUGAGAGGGCACUUCAAGGACCAUUAUUCGCCUACAUCCAAGAAUUUCGUUUUCUGCCUCCACCUCUUUAUUCAGAGAUUGAUCCAAACCCAGAUCAGCCCACAGAUGACAGACCAUCCUGUCCCUCUCGCUGAAGGAAACCAUUGCAAGCUGACUUGACUUCGGUUUUAAAUCAUAUCUCUGCCGUGUUGAAGAUCAAGGUGUCAUAGUGGAGAUUACACUUUCAAAGGAAGUGAUAUUGCUCUUGCCUGUAAAACGGUGAAUAAAUGAAAACCUGUGAUCAUGCUUUUGAAGCCUACAGCAACACCGUAGGCCUGCUCCUUAUGCUUGAAGACCUGAGCUUUUUUCCCUUAAAUACUGGCACAUAUUAGGAGCAGCCUUAUUAGCCUACGGUCAUAUGUGUCAAAACACUCACCAUGUUGUAAAAGAGAGGGAUGACUUCCUCUUUGAUUUGAAAAUUUGCACAUGCUCAUUGCUUACGUUGUGCGGUUCAGUGUCACUACAGCUUUCUCAUUUAUGCCGGACUGUUGUUACCCCUUCUAACUUGUUUGUGGUCCGCACAACAAGGAGCAAAAGAAAGCUUUGAAAAAACUUAAGAUAACAAAUGCACUGACAUUUUUUUUUUUUAAUUUAAUGUAGCCUGGACUUUACCUGCAUAUGCACAUGCUCAGAAUUGUCCUAGUAGGCUGAUCAUGUAUCACCUCUUCAGCUUGGAUCCUGUUGUGGAUUUAUUUACAAACAUCAAAUGCCUUCAAGCCAAUCCUUCUUGCUGUAUGUUUUGCAGCCUACUGUAGUAGAUAAGCAACAGAUGUGUAGGGGGGGAGAAGAUAACAGAAGGAAACUAAUAAGAGACUUUGUCAAGAUUGUAUACCUUCUUGAUUUCUUUUAAGAAUUUGUUGCCUUUCUACUAUUACCGCAAAGCAGCAUUUUGUUACAGACUGCCUAAAAAAAAAUCACUUAAUCUCAGGUGAACUCAUCACUUGCCAAACUGUUGAAAUGCUAUUUGUUUUAUGUUGCACUGUUACUUUUUGUUUUGUGUUUGUGGGUUUUCUGGGGUUUUUUGUUUUUGGUUUUUUGUUGGUUUUUUUAAGGGGGAUUUGGAAUAGGGACAUACACAAAAGUAACAAACCCACCCUUAUUCCCUUUUUAUCUUUUCUACAAUUUAUGAAGAGAUAGUCAAGUUAUGAAGCUUAAAAAUGAAGCAAAAUGAAGGCAGCACCAGCAGACACCAGCCAAGACCUAAGCAAGUUUAAAUUUAAAAAAAAAGUUCUGGCCAUAAUUCAGAGAGGUUUUCCAUUCUCAUCCCAUAAAUAGGGGUGAGGUGGGAAAGUGAGUUUAUUUUUAUACAUAGUAACUUAAUCACCAGAAAUUCUAUACAUACAUAGAGAGAUACUAGUAUACUAGUACAAAGUAUAUUUCAAAAAAAGUGGUUAAGGUUGUAGUAAGAAAGCUUAAUCUGUGUAUUUUGUGUUUACAAAAUUAUAAGGACAAAAAAAGAUAAGCAGAAUAAUGAAACUAACUGAACUAGACUACUGCAGUUACCAGUCCUACUAAAAUACUAUAUAGCAGAGAUUUUGCUUUGAUUAUGUCCUCUUUGGUGUUCUGCAUACAGCAAAACAUUCACACAACACUUAAACGCUACGUGCAAACUGCUUCUACCCUGCAUAACAUGAGUAAACUCAGUGUACCUGAGGGUGGCAGGGAACCAAUGUAUCUUGUAGCACAAAAACCAGCACAUAAGCAGUAGGGAUUUUGUACGUUUGUUUGCAGAAAGCUACUCAUUAUACAAACUUUCCUCUUCAGAAAAAAGCAGCCCAGGUUUUUUAAUGGGUAUGCAGUUUUCAUGUUGACUGUUCUAUUAAUUCGUGUCCCUUCUACCAUUUACGCCAUCUAUUAUAAAGUAGCUGGAAGUGGGGGACAAGGGGGAGUUUUGUAUCUGGCCUGGUGCUUAUUCUUACAAAAUGCUUCCUUAUUUUUAAGGCUUCAGAAAUGACAAGAUAGGCUUUUCCAUAAGUGGCCUUUAUGAAAACAUGGAAGACACUUCAUGUUGACAGGGUGAAAAAAAACCCAGUAUAAAUAAGAAUCGCGUUUUAAGUGAUUCAGUUAAAGGGUUUGGGCUUCUAUAAGCAAACUAAUACAUUAGAUAAUAAGGAAAUUGGGUGAUGUCUUAUCUUAUUAGGCCAUUUUUGUGAAUGUCCCUCCCCUACAGAAAAAGAGCUGAUGGGAUUUUUGGCAUAAAAGGGCAUUUGGUGGUGUGGUUUUUUUUUUGUUUUGUUUUGUUUUGGGUUUUUUUGUUCCUUUGUUUGUUUGUUUGUUUUAAUGGACUAGGGAACAAUUGUUGAUACACGUAGCAUUAAUACUUAUCACAGUAUAAUGGAAAAAUUAUAUAUAAAGCAGGAUUGACCAAUAUUAUAGUAAUUGGCACUGCAAUACAAAACUGUGGUCGGAUUUAAAGAUCUAAAACCUUUAUCAAAGAAAAGUUUCCAUUAAAAUAUUUCUUUAUUCAGUUCUUUAGAGGCAUUACUUUUUUCCUUUUAUAAAUAUUGGUCAAUUCUCAACAUUAUUAUAAAGUGUGAGGGUUCACAGUUGUAGCCCAGUAUUUGAGAUAGACUCAUGACCUGAAUUAAGGAAAAAAUAAGUAAAAUCCAAAACUUUAGA